AUGUCAGACGAUACCCCUCCUCAGCCAUCCGACUUGACCACAGAGCGAUCAUGCUUAGACUUCAGAGAUCUUAAGUCUUUCAAAUAUUGCAUCGCUUCUAUCGCCCAAGUGAAGGACUAUCACGAAUUUGUCUUCCUUGAUAUCCCUCCUGACUGGAAAGAUACUGCCUUCGAAGUCCUUGACGAGGUUGUUUCUGCUCGCACGGCAGACGUCCUAAGAGUGGUUACUAUGCCUACGGCAAUACACAAUUGCAUCCAACCCUGGCUGUACAAUGAAUUGUUCAACUGGGUGGUGACUGGAACUAUUACGCCAGACGAGGCGAACAUGAUUCACGGAGAAUGUUCAACGACCCUUCAGUUUCCCAGCGGUCCGUAUCGUGGUUCAACGAAGGAGCCAGACUUCUUCUUUAUGAUCCGUGACCGGUUGUUGCCAACUGUUGCCGUUGAAUGUUGGUGGAGUGAGUCAAUGUCACGUUUACACAAUGACCUGAACAUCUUGCUGGUUGGAGGAAAUGGCGACAUUAAAGUCGUCAUUAUAAUCAAGUGGUCGAAGCUCACCGGAGAUCGUGUUUCUGGCGUCGCAGAAUUAUACAAGUGUGAUAGGAACGGCAUACCUGUACGCGAACAAAGUGAGGUUAUUUUCCCUUCUGAUUCGACGACCGUCGACCAACAACUUGUCCUCAAACGACGUGAUCUUCUUGGAUCAGGGGUUCAUAAUCCCAGCGGCUCCCUCGUUCUUGAUCUUGACACUUUACGCGACUUUGCAAUUCGUGCGCUUGGGCGUAUGGGCCUUAUGCCCGCUACUUGA